GUCAUGCUGUUAAGCAGCAUUUUUAGAGAGAAACAGAGUGGUGCUAGCGACACGAGAGUGGAAAAACGUGGAGAGGAUUCCAGACUUGUUUAAAACAUGUCUUCUGCUGAUGAUGCAAGAGCUACUGUUUCUUCUUUACUGAAAGGCAUUGAUAGAUAUAAUCCAGAAAAUCUAGCAAAACUUGAAAGAUAUGUAGAAAUACAAACAAGAGAAAACUCAUACGACUUAGAAGCUAAUUUAGCUGUCUUGAAAUUGUACCAGCUUAACCCGAUGCACUUCCAACUACAUGUAUCUCAACAGAUUCUGUUAAAGGCACUGACCAAUCUCCCACAUACUGACUUCAUUUUGUGCAAGUGUCUCAUUGAUGAGUCUCAUCAACAGGAGCCCCAAUUAAAAAGUAUUCUGUACCUACAUUUACUGUUAGAGACCUGCGAAUUUCAGAAGUUCUGGAAUGAGCUUGUUGAUUUAGAAGACAUUGUAGUUGGAAUCGUGGGUUUUGAAGAUUCAAUUCGAAAAUUUAUCUGUCAUGUGCUUAAGAUCACAUAUCAGACCAUAAGCAAGCGGCUACUGGCCCAAUUAUUAGGAGACUUGACCGAUCGAGAACUGGAACAGUGGAUGACAAAAUAUGGCUGGAGACUUCAAGACGAUGGAAAGGUGUUUAUAACUAACCAGGACGAAAUUGUAAAGACAAAAAACAUCACAGAAAAAAUAGACUUCGAGAGUGUUGCUAGCAUAAUGGCACACACUCCAUGAAUCUCCUUCAUUGUGCUAAGAUCGGAAGCAACUCAUCAAGAAAUGGACUCUCGUUUUUGUGUAUAGGACAUGGAAAAUUAUUUAUUAACACUCUGACCGCCAGGGGUUUGAAAAACUAGUAUCAGAAAACGCUAGACCUUUUAGCGAAUUUUAACACUUUUCCGAGGCUCGUUGAUAGUGCGUAUGUGAUCAGAUUGACAUGUAAUGAAUACUACAAUAACUACAAACAUCUUAGCUUUACAAUGAUACCAAACACUUUAUCCUUUAUUCCGUAACAGUAUGAUGAAAAUGACUCACUUUUAGAGAUUUAUGCAAUUUAUUACAACUAAGCUGAGAUAAUCGCGAUUUUGUGAAAGUUACAUCACUACUGCUACGCUUAAUGUAAACAAACAAAUAGUGAAAUACUGAUGAUCCAGACUGUAUAGUGUUCAAAUUGUUAAUACAUGUCGCUAAUUACCCCAUCUAUCGAAUUCCGUAAAAUAAAACCUGAAAUUCGGAGAUUUCCGUUUUUGGCGGUCAAGCGUUACAUUACCAAACACGGAGAUCCCGUGUUUGGCGGGCAGAGUGUUAAUAACCCAACCAUAAAUAUCUUUAGUCAAUUCUAUCAAUUUUAUGAAUCAGGCAGGCAUAUGCUAUUCAUUUUCUACUAGUAACUUUUGAAAAAUAUUGGCUCCAAGAAAUUCCUUAAAUUAUAAGUAGGCACAAUGAAUAUAGAAGUGAUUUUAUUCUCACCAAUGAGUGGCACUCUUGUGGGAGUGCUUGGCCAGUGCAGCGACAGUUUCCCUCUUGUGCAUCACAUCCAGUGGUGGCGCCAGAAGUAGUUCAACAGGUUAAAUGAAGGGUGAUGUCUGAUGAGACUGUGUGCUGCCGACCCAUAGUGCUCCAGCGUAUGUUGGAUGAAAGUGAAAAACUCUUCAGUAUGAAGGCUACCAUAAAUGCUCAAAUAAGCACUUCAGCGCUUUUUUGGAGGCUUUAGUGUGGCGCUUAUUCGAGAGCAGCACUUAUUAAAAAAUAUUGGCAUAGCGCUUUCCAUGCCCGUUUUCAUGUUACCUAUCUCACAUGUUCCUGUAGUUCAGUUGGCAUAUCAUAGGUCCUUUGUCAUCGUAAGUAAAUGUUCAUAAAGAAAUCCUUGUGUCUUGUGUCCAUUGUGUUAUUUAUUCAUUUUAGCACUGUAUACAUUGAAUUCAAAAACCUUUUUCUCAAAGUGUUUCUUUACACACAUGGUAAUAUUUACUCUCGAUUAAGUGCUGCAAGAGCGGUGCUUAGCGCAAAAAAUCGGGUUUGGUGCAGUGCUUAUUCAAGGGCGUCGCUUAUUUGAGUGUUUAUGGUUAGGAGUUAUGUUGCUUUUUUUUAGUCAUGAAAAAAUCCCUUAUGUUAGUAUUUGAACUCAGGGUACUACGUUUUGGAAAAAACAUCUUACCCACCAAGCUGGAGCGCCACACCUGGUCUUGCUGUACCAGCUUCUGGUACCUUAUCGCACAUUCUUUAUAAGGUACAAAUUAUGUCAAUAAAAUUGAGAAAAUCCUAA